AUGGGAAACAUAGUCCACUGCUGUCACGCACUGUCAAAAUACUUAAAGUGUAAGGAUGCACCGGCCCAGGGCGAGGCGGAAAGAUCCCCUCUGCUAUCCAGCGAAGAGAGUGAAUGUGAAUCUCCCAGCAUGCCGGACGACUUUGAGGACGAUCUGUUAACCAUCUCCCCCGGCGGGAAAAACCCUUCCCUCGAACCGGAGCACUUCCUGUUUCCUGACAUCAUCCUAAGCAGCAACCCGGGAGGGGAAGUGACUCUGGUGGAGCCGAUGGUGUGUCUGCUGGUGUCCGAGGAGGAGGAGGGAGUGAGGGUGGACGAGCCAAGAGAUGAAGGACAAGAGAGGAGCAACAGGUGGAGAAGCAAGGGGUUUUCGGAGGUUGAGACACAGACUGAAGUGGAGACAAUGAUUGGUAUGGGGGUGCAUACUCAGACAGAGUCACAGGCAGAAGUUCAGGCACAGACAGAAAUACUUAUGUUCAAUAAUCAGACUCUGGAGAGAGAAGUAAACGCACUAAAAAAUACUGGUAUUUCAAAAGAGGUGGUUGUGGAAGAACGUGAAAUACAGAGACAGGUGUGUGUGCUAUUGGAGGCACAAACAUCUCCAGACAUUGUCACUAAAAUGUCGCCAGAGAAACAAAAGAAAAGGUUGGACUCAACCUGGGCUGACAUGGAAGUUUUCGAGAAACAGACAGAGAGAAACAAACUGGCCUUCAGAGAUGUCGACAAGGAAGCUGAACAGAAAGAACCGAUAGAGAAUCAAAUCCAUGAGGAGCUGACCACCACUUCUACAAAUCGUAUAUUUAAAACCAAACUAAAUACAAAGGUAAUAGAGGAGUUGAACACUGAUGAAGGGAAUGUCUUUAAGUUGCAACAAACAACUCCGACACAGGAGAAUGUAACAAAAUCAGAGUUCACCUCAGUCAUGCCAACUAAACAAAACAACAAUAUGGAUGAGAACACUGAGUCACAGAAGGAAGUUCAGCCGACAACAUGCAGCAUCAACAGCACCGAAGCUGUGAAGAACUUUGACCCUGCUGAGUGUCGUGUAGACCUGACUCAACAGAGUCAUCAGGAUAAUGAACAGAUGGGACAGCAGACUGUGGUGAUGGAUCAGAAUGUAAAUGAAAAGGUCUGUCACGUUAUCCACACUAAAACAAACAUGGAUCUGUCCGAGGACCAAACAGAUCAGUCAGAUUUAAAUGCAGAUCACAUUCAUCCAUUGAAGAAAGAAGAGGACGAGAACGGCGAGACCGCUCCGCUACAUGAGGAAGAGGCCGAGAUGAAGCAAACCUUGUUUUUAGUUGACAGGAUGUUUCUGGCUGCACCACAUGUUAAAGCGCCUCCACAUCAAAGUCUUGAGGAUGAUCGCCAACAGCAGUGUGACGCCGAUAAAGGGAAACUCAGCCUCAGGGACUUAGUUGCUCUCCAAGUGACAGACUUUACGGUCCGAAUUCAACCUCCUGGAAAAGAAAGUUUUGAGCUUCAGGUGUCGGGACAGAUGUUGGUAGCCGAGUUGCACCAGGUGCUGAUGGAGCACGAGAUGAGCUGCCAUUGCACAUGCUUCUCCCUGCAGCUGGGAGGCAUCGCGCUCGACAGCCUCACAGAGCUGAGCUCCAUCCAGGGCAUCCAGGACGGAGCGCUGAUCAAGGUGGUGGAGGAUUCUUACACAGUGCGUGAUGCUCGUCUUCAUCUCAGACAUGUUCGUGACCUUCUGAGGAGCCUUGACCCAGCAGAUGCAUACAACGGAGUGAACUGCAGCUCACUCUCUUACCUCGCCUUUUACACCAGAGGUGACAAGGAUAAUAGCGACAGCGUGGGGAACAGGCGAGCUUCUGAAAAGGAGUCUACUGACUGCAGCCCUCCAGAAUACAUCCUCCCUGGAUGUAAGGACCGACCACUAACUCCACUGCAGCCACUCAGAGAUGACUGGAAGCCACUACAGUGCCUGCGGGUUCUAACCAUGAGCAGCUGGAACCCUCCUCCAGGAAACAGGAAGAUGCAUGGGGACCUAAUGUACCUCAAUGUCCUGACUAUGGAGGACAAAGAACUCAACAUAACAUCAUCUACACGAGGCUUUUACCUUAACCAGUCAACCACCUUCAACUUCAACCCUAAACCUGCACUUCCAAAAAUCCUUUGCCACUCUCUAGUUGAGCUGCUGAGUCAAGUCAGCCCUGCUUUCAGGAAAACCUUCAGUGCCCUGCAGAAGAAGAGAGUCCAGCAACACCCUUUUGAGCGGAUCGCAGCACCUUUCCAGGUGUUCACCUGGAUCGCCCGUCAUGGAGACCACACCCUCGACUGCGUCAGAGCGGAGGAGACGCACACCAGUCGCAUGGGCCAGGACGAGCAGACAGCUGGGCAGAGUCGGGACUGGAACGAGGAGCUGCAGGGAUGCAGGGAACUCCCCAGGAACUCCCUUCAGGAGCGCCUGCAAAGAGAGAGGAGCAUAUUCAAGACAAACAGUGACUUUGUUGCCGCUGCAACACGAGGAGCUGUAGCUGUCAUCGACGGUAACGUCAUGCCGUUAAACCCUGGGGAGGAGCCUCAUAUGCAGAUGUUCAUCUGGAACAACCUGUUCUUCAGCCUCGGGUUCGACGUAUCUGAGCACUACAGCCCACUAGGGGGCAACACUGCUGCUCAUGCUGCUGCCAUCUGUGACCUGAGGGGAACACAGGCUUAUGCAUCUGUAGACGUAGAGGGUCUUCACAUACUUGGGACAGCUGUGGUAGAUUAUCGGGGCAUCCGUGUUAUCGCUCAGACAAUCGUUCCUGGGAUACUGGAGAAAAAUCAGGAGCAGAGUGUUGUCUAUGGCUCUAAUGACUAUGGAAAAACUGUUUUUACUCACCCCAGGUUUCUGGAGCUUCUGGAUAAAACCAGUGAACCACUAAGAAUCCAACGUCACCAGGUGCUCGACCACAACAACAGCCCAGUGGAGCUUUGCUCUGGCAUCGAGACCAAAGGCAUCAUGGGUAAUGACGGAAGACCCUACAUCUUGGACCUCCUCCGGACCUUCCCCCCUGACCUCAACUUCCAGUUCUCAGAGACAGAGGAGAGGAGGGAGGUGCCGAAGGAGUGCCAGAUCUUUGGUUACCCACGGCGACACCAUCACAGUCUGGCCAGCCUGAGAUCAGAACUGAUCGAGGCCUUCGUCCAGCACAGGUAUGAAAUUUAUGUCAAGAUGGCGUCCCGGGAUCUCAUCCAAACAGAAGAACAAGAUAAAGCCAUGGAGCAAAGCAAAGAGCCUGCCAAUGAGCCGAGAACUGGGGAUACAGCCACAUCCGGUGCUGAUAUUGAAUUUGAGAGAAGAAAUGUGAUCAUGAAAGCUUGCGAGGCUGUCGGAUCAGUGAGUGAGUCCUGCUUCGACAUCCGCUUCAACCCUGAUGUUUGCUCACCGGGUGUUCGUUUCUCCUCUGAGUGUGUUGAGGAGGUUCAGAGGCAGACGCAGUUGUUAUGGGACGUGGCUGCUUUCCUACUGUCCAAUCAGAUUCCAGCAGUGCUGAGGGACUGUCUUGACCACUCAGCAGUGCUGAUGGAUGGAGCGACCCUGACCUCUGUGCUACAUCAGCGGGGUGUGAAUGUGCGAUACCUGGGCACUCUACUGAAGGAGCUGGACAAGGUGGAGGACAGAGAGAGACUCAGCCACAUAAAGAGAAUUUCUAUCAGUGAAGUCAUCAUCAGAAGUGCAAAACACAUCUUCAGGACCUAUCUACAGGACGUGGAACCUGCAGCUUUCUCUGCUGCUGUCAGUCACUUCUUAAACUGCCUCCUGAGCUCCUCCUCCUGCUUCCCCGACUCCUGCUCAGAUGAGCUACUCUCUCGCCGCAGGAGCCGACGGCGGCGGAGCCACGGGGGUCGAGUCGCUUUGUUGAAGGACAGUGUGUGGGCCAGACUGACCCCCAGUGAGCUCUGGGGCCGGAUCAGGACUGAGGCUGGAGAUUAUUACAACCACACGAUAGACAGUGAAAAUAUAGAUGAAGAAAUAAAAAAGCACAGCCUUCAGAGGAUCUCACUGCUGAGAGAGCUUGCCAUCAAGACGGGCAUCCAGGUGCAGCUGAGGGAGUAUGUGUUUGAGACUCGACACAGGCCAGUGUUUGGUGAGGAAGAUGUUGUCAACAUGUUCCCUGUGGUCAAACAUCUCAAACCUACAUCAACAGACGCCACACGGCUGGUGCAACACGCACAGGUGGCGGUGCAGCAGGGGCUUCUCAGAGAUGGACAUGAAUUGAUCAGCCAGGCCCUGACUCUGUUCAGCAGCGUAUGUGGUGUCCUGCAUGAGGACGUGUCCAUGUGCCUGCGUCUCCUGGGACGGAUCUGCUACAUCCUGGGGGAGUAUGCAGAUGCCCUCAGCCACCAGGAAAAGGCAGUUAUGAGUAGUGAGAGAAUACAAGGUAUAGACCAUCCACAGACCAUACAGGACUAUACUUACCUGGCCCUGUACUGCUUUGCUGGCGGCCGGCAUUCGACCUCCCUUCAGCUGCUGUAUCGUGCUCGGUACCUCACCCUGCUUGUGAGCGGAGAGGACCAUCCACAGGUCGCACUGCUGGAUAGUAUGCUGGGUCUAGUUCUUCAUGGCCUGAUGGAGUAUGAACUUUCCCUGAAGUUCCUACAGAAUGCCUUAAUGUCAACUUCAAAAUACCACGGUGCUGCAUCCCUGAAGCAUGCACAAAGUCAUCAUCUGCUUGCCACUGUGUAUGAGAGUAAAGGAGAGUUUCGAUCAGCUCUGCAACACGAGAAAGAGGCUUUUUCAAUAUAUAAGAGCCAGGUUGGGGAGAACCAUGACAGUACAAAGGAAAGCUCAGAGUACCUGAAGAGCCUCACUCAGCAGGCUGUGGUCCUUCAGAGAGCCAUCAACCACAUCUACAGUAACACACCUGCCUGUAUUCAACCUCCGAAGUUGUCCACACCAAGCUUUCACACAAUCCUUCAGCAGCUCAACCUGACAUGUGGAAUCAUUCUUAUUAACCUCAGAUGA